UCAAAUCAUAUUCCUCGCGUUAAAUGCAUACCAAACUGGAAAUACACGUGUAAAAUGGAUGAAGAUCCACAACCAACAGGGUGCCACACAUAAAACACCCGACUAACUAACAGCCCAACACUUUUCGUCUACACCUUCCCAACAUAACAUAUAUAAGACACACAACACAGCUACCAAACUGUCUUGUUGAGCCUGUUAUCCGCAGGGGAGAUGUCCAUAUAUGCUGUCUGGGAAAUCGUGGACACACAACAGGUAGUUUUCUUUGACGCUAUGAUUCCAUUGCUAAUCUGUCUUUGACUCUUUUCUCUGACGGAGAUGGACUCGUUGUGUUGUAUUUGGAAAAAAAAAAAAAAAAAAAGAGCGCUGCAGCUCCAAAUGCGGCGGAAAUUGGUGCAUGUGUCGGAAUGUGUCGACAUGUCGACAACGCAAGCACACACACCUGUGGUGUCGCCCUACGGGUUGUACAGUACAGUUGCACUUGAUAUAUAUCAUGGUUGGCCGGUGCGCUCGUCUCCUGGCUGCUGGCUUGAGUGUUGCUAGUGGCUUCCACCUACCCGCCAGCAGUGGCGCUCCCCGCAGGGUGGUUCCUUCCGCAGCAAGGGGGUUGUCAGCAGUUGACUCUGACUCGUCGCCCGGUGUUGUCGCAGCCUCGCCAGCAGGCAAGGAGGACCUCUUCGACUGGAACAAACAGUGGUAUCCUGUGCUUUCGCUCAAGGACACAGACCCCGGUAGGGCGCACCCUGUUCAGCUGCUUGGCAAAGAGUUGGUGGUGUGGCGGAACAAGGAGGGUCGCUGGUCGUGCUUCGACGACCGUUGCCCUCACAGAGCGGCGCCACUCACCGAGGGCAGAAUAGAGGACGACGGCUCUCUCCUUUGUGCGUACCAUGCGUGGCGUUUCGACGCCGAUGGCAAGUGCCUGAGCAUCCCUCAGAGCGACAGGGGAGGCAAGGACGAGGCCCAGCCUAAGGCAUGCGCCAAGGUGGCUCAGGGGAUGGUAUGGGUGUGGGGAGAGAAUGGACCGGACGCGGGCCUGGAGAGCGCGCUCACUCCCGCGCAGCUGAUUCCCGACCUGGACGAUAAGGAAGGAAUCGAGUCCGGCAGAGUAAUGCUUGCCCGUGUCGGGCAAAACGACCUGGCGUACGGCUGGGACACGUUCAUGGAGAACGUUGUUGACCCGUCACACGUCACGGUGUCCCACCACGGUGUCGCUGGUGAUCGCUACACGGGGCCCUCGCCGAUCGACUUGAAGCCUUCUGCACGAUGGCCAGUGCCCACGAAGGAUGGAUUUGAGUUCGAGUUUCGCGACGACUCGGUGUCGUCGGACAGCACGGUCACCUUCCAGCCACCGUGCCUGGUUAUCAAUGAAGCCAAAGACUCGGCGGGAAAGCUCCUGCUAAUCUUAUACGGUAUACCCACUAGACCCGGCUGGGUCCGGCUUCUCGGCCGUUCGGCUUAUGUGCACACGUUUGCCCCGAAUUCAAAAAAGGCUAAGGAGCAGGCCAAGGAGGACAAGAGAAACGGGGUGAAAAAAUCACGGUUGCAAGCUACCGCGAAUGUUGUGACGAAGCUGCCAUCCUGGUUGCAACACGUCACUGGCAGCCUGUUUCUGCACCAAGACUUAGUUUUCCUUCACCACCAGGAGAAAAUUUUGGCCUCUGCUGGGUACGACAGCUCCAACUAUGGCCAAGCAGUCUUCGUUCCUGCGGCUGCCGACCGUGCCGUCCUGGCCCUGAGACAAUGGAUCACCAAGCACGGGUCCGGGGGCCCCGCCUGGGACAAGAACUGCGACCGCACCUUGCCCCCGCGCGAGCGCAACCGCGAAGACCUCUUCAACGUGUACGAGAACCACACCAAGAGCUGCACUAGCUGUCAGGGGGCGCUCAAGAAUGUUAAGAAGAUGCUAACAACAGCCAAGACGGCAGCCGUCAUCUCCUUCACCUGGGCCGUACUACGAGGGGCGCGCGCUGUAGGCACCGCGGCGGCGGCGGGAUCGCCGUCGGCCAGGGUCAUAAACACCGUGACAGCAAGGGCCAUGCUUCCCGCGGUGGCGCUGACGUUCGCGAGCGUAGGGGCUAUCAAGAUCCUCGAGAAGCUGCGAGGAAUGUUCUACACCUACUCAUUCCACCACCAAGACAGUCCUUGAGACGUUCCAAGUCGGAGUAGUUUCAACACAAUGCAGAAAGGCCAGUCCCCGAUCUGACCAAGAACUUCAGCGUUUAUGCAAGGCAAGUAGCCGGAGCUGUAUCUUCCGGUUUCUUGUCCUGUCAUACGCGCGUACAAGAAGAGUGCACCGCGGCGCACGUGGGUGUACCACAGAAAACUGCAGACAUACGUAGAUUCGGCCCUAUAGUUGUAGUCCCUAUAGUUGUAAGAUACUUGCGACGCCACCGGGAGCACUGCCGUACCUCGAGAUCGAUUAGCGUUUGGGAACCGGCAAGGGUCUGUGCGAAAAAAAAUUCAAGACAAAAAGGCCUACUGAUCGAAAAU